AUGAAUAUGAAUGUGGUGGAGCAGCAGCGUUUGCAUGCACAAGUUCAAUACAAUGAUGUUGUUAGGUAUGUGCUUCUCUUUGGAUUCGGUUUAGGCCUUGGAAUCACCCUCAGCUUCUAUCUCAAAGAAUCGUCUUUGGAUUCCCAACUUAGUCGACUCUCCACUUCUCCUUUCCUGGUACCAUGUGCCGUUCUAAACCCUCCUCCGCCAUCCACUAAUUCAUCCUCCAUUUCCAAUCAAAAUAAGAAUGUGGUGGAAACCCGAAUAUUGCCUUUUCUCAUCGAACCAUCUCCUCCACAAGAUGAUAUCGUCUCAACAUCUCCUCCACAAGACAUUAUUGUCUCAAACCAAACCAAAAAGUCCACUAUAGAAGAAUUUUUUCAACCGCCGGAAAUAACUAUGCACGAUAUGGAGGAUAAGGAGUUGUUUUGGAGAGCGUCAAUGGCUCCGAAAAUCCAAGAAUAUCCAAUCGAACGAGUCCCCACAGUUGCAUUUUUGUUUCUGACGAGAGGGAAAGUGUUGUUAGCUCCAAUUUGGGAGAAAUUCUUUCAAGGACAUCAAGGGCUAUACUCCAUUUACGUCCAUUCCAGUCCUUCUUUCAAUGAAACAGUGCCCCAAGGUUCGGUGUUUCAUGGCAGGCAGAUUCCUAGUAAGAACGUGAGCUGGGGAGAAAUGAAUAUGGUGGCGGCAGAACGCCGCCUGUUAGCAAAUGCUUUGCUUGACAUCUCAAAUGAGCGUUUCGUUCUUGUUUCGGAGUCAUGUAUCCCUCUCUUUAAUUUCACUACCAUUUACAAUUAUCUCAUACACUCGGAAAGAUCCCACGUGGAGUCGUUAGAUUUACCAGGCCCCGUAGGGCGUGGCAGGUACAGCUCCGAUAUGGAACCCGUGGUUACGAUUGAACAAUGGCGAAAGGGCUCUCAAUGGUUUGAGAUGGAUCGUUUUCUAGCCAUCGAGGUAAUCUCCGACGAAACAUAUUUUCCCGUAUUCAGCCUUUUCUGCAAAGAUGCAUGUUAUGGGGACGAGCAUUACCUGCCAACAUUUGUUGGUAUCAACUUUUUGGAGAGAAACUUGAAUAGGACUUUGACAUACGUGGACUGGUCCAAGGGCGGACCUCAUCCGUAUACCUUCGAAAGCUCGGAUGUGACCAAGGAGUUUCUGGAGAAGCUAAGAAAUUCCAGUUGCUAUUAUAAUGGAGAGAGAGCCGACGUUUGCUACAUGUUUGCAAGGAAGUUUGCAGCUAAUACUCUAGAUAGGUUGUUGAGUUUUGCCCCAGAAGUCAUGUAUUUUUAG